AUGCAACAUCUUUUCGACUACUCGUUAGAACAGAGGUUCGCAGACAUAACGGACGCUAUACGCCAUGGCAACUGCGAGGAGUGUAAACGUUCAAAAAUUCGGAGAUUGGAGGCGCGAGUUUCAAAGUUCAUUUGCGCUAAGAGGGAGUGUGAUGCAAAGAUGAAUGAUGGCUACGGUGUUUGUGACUCCGUCGCAUUGGAAAGUUAUCCAUUUGGACGCAAACAUCGCCAAAACGUACGUCUGGAGUCCAUGAAAAAUUCCGAAGAUGUUGAUAAAAUCCAAGGUAGUGGCGCUACUGAGGCGGUUGGCUAUGAUCGCAUCAGCAACAAACGGCAAUUUGAUGUUGCGACGUACGUGUCAAAACUUGGCAGGGAUGAUCUAAGGCUAUUUAAGUCACAGCUAAGCGAGAGUUCGCGCAAGAAGAAACGACGCAUCACUCCUAUGGCGAGCGCUGACGAAUUUGCUACUCCGGAUGUGGACCUAUCAACAUUAAGAGCCCACAAACGUUGCUCACGCAAACCCAGCGUACGUGUUGAUGAAGUAAAGCCUAGGACUGAUAAACAUCGCAAAAGUGUCAAAGCUUUGAACACCUCUGAAGUAGAGGCUCAGGUUGUGAAGAAAACAUUACACAAAUUAGACAACAAAGCUGCUGAUUCCGCGGUUAAACUACCACCAUCUGAGCCAACAACAUCGGUGGAAACGUCUGUAACAACAAAGGCAAACGAAUCUGGAGCAACAGGUAUUGUGUUUGAUGUUACUCAGGCGACGGCCCCAGUUCCAAACACUCCUCUACCACCACCUUCUCCUACUAAAGACGCUAGGAAGGUCGAUUCGACAGAUAUAUUCGGGGCAUCUACGUUAGAGAAGUUGAACUUUUCGAUGCCUGUUGGCAACCCUCUGUUCGCUCCUAAGGCGAUUGAUGCCUCCCAGUUUAGUGUACCCAAGGCGCCUCCGAUGUUUGUGUUCGGAGUUCAGCCCAGUCAAAUGUCGGAUUCGAGUGCUCCCCUCGCCCCUGCACCUCAACCUCCAAUACAGACUGCUCAAGCCCCGUUGGCAAUGCCUCCACCAGUUGCGCAGUUUAACAUCCCCGGUUUCUCUGCUGUGCAAUUAGAUAACCAAGCUGCUUCGGUGCCAAACGCAUUCGCAGCGACUUCCUUCCCCAAGGCGAAGCGUGGCGGAAUGCGCUACCGGGGAUUCUUCAAACGUGCCGAGAUGCGCGAGAAGCCCAGGAGAAAAACAGGCCCAUUUGAGAACCCUGUGAAGCGUUUGGUCCGUCUGAGGGAGAAGGAGCGCGUGUUCUCACAGGUUCCGCUGGAAAGGAAGAUCCCGGUUGUCAAACCGGUGACUUCGCAACUUUUGAAAGGGGUCGAAGGUGUUCCUCAAGUGUCUACAGAGGUAUUGGAACGGCGUCUUGAAUUCUUGUUGUCGCCGAAGGCGGUUGAUCAGCAGUUGAGCGCGAAGCUGCGCCCUGGUUUGACCCCAUACUUGGCGGAGCUUUACAUGUGGGAGCGGCAGAUGCGUGAUCUCCGCCGGAUUUAUCGCGCCCAAUACCUUAAGACCUUGGCAUCGGUGACCGAUGCCGAGCGUUACCGACAGUAUCAGCAGUAUUUGGACACAUCGCAAGAAAAUCGCAACAAAGCUGAAAUGAGACGGAGGGCCAUAUAUGCGCGUGUGAAAGAGCGAGCAGUUUUGAGGGACACCAUGCGCAUUGAGAAGCGCGUAUCGCAGGCAAUUCAGCUGGAACGCCUCUCCAGAAGAAAGAUGGCGAACGUUUACUUCCUGCACAAGCUGCAAAGGGGAUUUGAUCGAGGUGAUGACCCGGAUCCGUCAACGUCUCCUAACGAGCGAGACGUUUCAGUGGUCGACUUAGCUAAACAUCUGGGUCACCCCGUAGAGGACGCUAGCAACGUAAAACGCCAAAUUAAAACCGGGCGCCACUUUUUCAGGGAGAUUCUUAAGGAAUCUUUUGAGCUAAUGCCCGAGGACUCCGAUAGAUACGAGAUCCAUACGGAUAACUCGCAGAGCCCCUCUGAGCGCGCUGCAGUUGCGUACAGGUUUUUUACAGACGACGAAAAGCUUCGCCUGCUUGAGACGAAAAUCGCAAUGUUGAAUGAGAAGAUUGACAGGGACUCGCAGUUGCACGGGAAAUCAAAAGACAAUUUAUACAUCCAGAUACGGGACCAUCUGGACGCUGCGCGGGUAGCCCACAUGGAAUCAAAUCAAUUACGCAAAUUGAAGUCCAAUUAA